UCUCUAACUUAUAUCAUCAUCUUCUAAAAAUUAUUUUUGCAAUUGUGUAUAUAUCUAGAUUCUGUUAAUCAUCUUCUAAUAAUUUCUUUCAUGAUUAUGAAUAAGCCUAUAUCAAGCCAUAAAGCUUACGUUAAAUCUUGGUUUGUCGAGCCCCGAUAAAACCAAGACUCGCUCGACAAAACCAAGACUCCGAGACUCCUAAUAUAAUUCUCGAGCAAAUGAUGGAUUAUUGUUGAUUAUGCGAAUCGAUAUUGUGUCCAACUCCGAGACUCCUAAUAUAAUUCUCGAGUUAUUGUUGAUAUGAUACGGGAGGUCCAUUGAAAGAGAUAAAUGAAAUAAAGAAGAUUAUAUUAGUGGACGCAUUUAUUACAAAGUGUGAAAAAUGUGUUAUUCUCUCGUCAAUGUGGCUAGGCCAACGUGUAGAAGCCUCUCAAAUACUCCCUCCUACACAUAGUAAUCAACACCAAACUCUUGUUUAAUUUAAGACAUGAUACCCCUUUUAGCUAUGGCUGUAUCCCUUUUUGUGUUGAUUACAAUUCCUUCAAUCAUCUUGUACAAAUUAUGUUGGAUUCCUCUUCAUCUUCAAAGUUUGAUGGAGUCUCGAGGAAUCAGAGGCCCUCCUUACAGAUUCCUCCAUGGAAACACCAAAGAGAUCAUCAAGAUGAAGCAGCAAACAAAAGAUGCAGCUACUAUGGACAUAUCUCAUGAUAUAUUUCCAAUAAUUCAGCCUCACUUGUAUUCUUGGAUUAAAUUAUAUGGAAAUAAUUUUCUUCACUGGAUUGGUACUGAACCUGAAAUUGUUGUUACUGAGCCAGAGUUGAUCAAAGAAAUCCUCAGCAACAAAGAAGGUACAUAUCCAAAAACCGUAGGAAAAGGCUACUUCAAGAAAUUGUUAGGAGAUGGACUUCUUGUGACAGAAGGUGAAAAAUGGUCUAAGCUUAGGAAAUUGUCUAAUCAUUCUUUCCAUGGAGACUGCCUCAAGGAGAUGGUACCUGCCAUGAUUGCUUGUGUCGAAACCAUGCUUGAGAAAUGGAGGAGUUACCAUGGCAAAGAAAUCGAGGUGUGCGGCGAAUUCAGGCUUCUUAGCUCAGAUGUGAUUUCUAGAACAGCUUUUGGAAGUAGCUAUUUGGAAGGGAGGAAGAUAUUUGAUAUGUUGUCCAAUCUUGGUGUCUUGAUUUCCAGAAAUGUGUUCAAGAUCAGACUUUUUGGCAUUGGAAGAUUUAUAAGGACACGGGAUGACAUCGAAGCAGACAAAACCGAGCAGUUGCUCCAUGAUUCUAUCAUGGAAAUAGUAAAGAAAAGACAGUUUGAAGUUCAAAGUGGCAAGGCAGACAGUUUCGGUAGUGAUUUUCUAGGAUCGCUCCUAAAAGGUCACCACGACACAGAUCCGAAGAGCCAGAUAUCAGCAGCUGAGAUCAUCGACGAAUGUAAAACCUUCUAUUUUACUGGACAAGAUACAACUUUCAGUUUACUAUCAUGGACCACAUUUCUCCUUGCAAUCCACACAGACUGGCAAGAGAGAGCCAGGGAAGAGGUGUUACAGCUCUUCGGUCAACAAAAUCCCAACUCAGAUGGCCUUUCCAGAUUAAAAACUGUUAACAUGAUAUUGUAUGAAACACUGAGGUUAUACACCCCUGUCACUAGUAUUAUAAGGAGAACUGGCAGCAGAGUGAAGUUGGGAAAAUACGAGUUUCCUGCAAAUAUGAAAGUUUCUAUUCCGCCUCUAGCUAUCCACCGGAAUCCUGACAUAUGGGGUCAAGACGCUCACUUUUUCAAACCGGAAAGAUUUUCUGAAGGGAUGACUAAGACGACGAAUGGCAACCCCACAGCCUUCCUAGGAUUUGGGUAUGGACCGCGAACUUGUGUGGGCCUCAAUUUGGCGAUCAGUGAGGCAAAGAUAGCGCUCUCGAUGAUCCUCCAACGCUACAAGUUCACACUCUCACUGGAGUAUGUUCACUCACCUUUGAUAGUCCUCAGUGCAAACCCGCAGCACGGAGUUGGGAUCUUGCUUCAGCCGCUUUAAACAAGAUUGAGUGUUACCAUCACCCUAUAAUUAUAUACUUUUGUAUGAAAAUGUGUUGUUUUGUUUGAUUUACAGACUUAGUAACUGAAUUUAGAAGAUCUUGUACUCCUUAUGAUGUAAUAAUAACUAUUUAAAUAAUUUCAUAAUAAAGACAACAUGUGAAAUACAAAAUAGCAGACAUUAGCAUCUA